GGUGUGGUACGUGUUGCUGUUGUGUACUGUUGGUAUUGGACCUGCGUUGUUUUCUCCACUUUUUACAGACUUAAACCAGUUAAAACCUCUUUGAAAACGUGGCGAGCAAUGGCUGGAAUUGUGAACAUCGGUCCAGUAGAGUUUGUUCACGUUUUAGAUGUGGGAACAAAUAUAACUCAUCUUGAGGUCGGGCCAAAGAGGCUGAUGUUACAGAACAAUGAGCAGUUGGUAGCCGGACCUAUACCAUGUGUUAUUGUUCCUCCUGGUCACUACUGCCGCAUCAAAGACCCAAUGAGUAAUUAUGAAGCAGGUCAACAAUGUCAGCUAAAGCAUGGCCAUGUCGACGUUCGCUUUCAUCAGGAUCCAUUUCCAUUGUACCCUGGAGAGAUACUGGAAGGUGUUGGAGCGCUACAGUCAUCAUCACAAGGGUACAGCAAGGCUAUCCAGCCCCUGCCUGUGGUCAAACCUAAUCAAGCCAUUCGUCUAAAGGCUGUCCUUGACCAUGAAGCCGAUGGGAUUGAGAGACUAGCCGGUGACCUCUGGCAGCUUGAGGGACCUUUGACCUAUCACCCAACUUCAUAUUCUAAAAUAGUGGCAUGGAUUGAGCCUAAAGUGAUAGGUCAAGGAGAAGCGCUACAGUUGAGAGCAAGCCAAGAAUAUACAGACAGAGAGGGAAUCACCCGUGUUGCUGGUGAAGAGUGGAUGGUGAGGAAAGAAGGAGCAUAUCUCCCAGGUGUGUUUGAAGAGGUGGUUGAGGUUGUCUCGGCCUACAUAUUGAAACAAGAAGUGGCGUUACACCUUCUAGCCGAGCACAGCUGCAGAGAUGCUCUGGGCCGUCUCAGACAGGCUGGCGAGGAGUGGCUGGUCACAGUGGACGACACUGAAAUGUACAUCCCAGAAAUAGGAGAGAAAGCAGUUCAGCCCAUCACCAAGGUAGUCCUUGAGAAGAGUCAAUACUGUGUGGUGUGCAACCCGGUAGAUGCAGAUGGCCACGCCCAGUUAGGAUGUGAGGAGCUCCGUAAGGGUCAUACAAGCUUCUUCCUUCAUCCAGGUGAAUUCAUUAAGAAUGGUAUACAGGAGCAGUUUGUUAUGUCUGAAGAUCAAGCUAUUGUUCUACAAGCUACUAAUGAGUUUGAAGAUGAUACUAUGCCAGGGAAGGCUAAGAAGAGGAUUCCUGGUAAUCGCUGGAUGAUUAAGGGUCCAAUUUGCUACAUUCCACCUGUUCAAGUUCAGGUUGUGGACCAGGGUAAUCAAACCCUAGUGAGGCAAGCUAUACCCCUUGAUGAUUUGGAAGGAAUCUACGUACGCAACUUGAAAACAGGCAAGGUUCGAGCAGUGAUGGGUCCUGACUCUUAUCUUCUGACUGCGGAUGAACAACUCUGGGAAAAAGAUCUGCCUCCUUUAGUCGUGAAAAUUCUGCAGAAUGGAGGAGGAUAUGGAGAGGGAGAUAUAAGAAAGCUUGCUUACUUUGAAUCAUCCAUUGAUGCUGACUAUGCCCUAGACAAGAAAAGAGAUAAAACCAGAGUGGUCAGGUACCGUUGCCCUGGAAACACAGCAGUGCAGGUGUACAAGUAUCAGGAGAAAACUGCCCGUGUUGUCUUUGGUCCUGACAUGGUGAUUCUUGGUCCUCAAGAAGACUUCAACGUUCUCAGUCUAAGUGCCGGGAAGCCGAAGGUGGAGAAGGCCAUGCAGACGAUCUGCCUGAUGCUUGGCCCGGAUUAUAUUACAGAUAUAUUAGAGGUUGAAACUUCUGAUCAUGCCAGGCUGAGAGUGAGAAUUGCUUUCAACAAUUUCUUUGAGUUUGAACGAGGAAAUGAAGCAUCAGAAAAAUCCAUCUUUGCUGUUCCUGACUUCAUUGGUUUUGCUUGCAGACAAGUGGGUAGUCGUAUCCGUGGAGCUGUUUCUCAGGUGCGGUUUGAUGAAUUUCAUCGCCAUUCCAAUAAGCUACUCCAGAGGGCAGUGUUUGGUGUAGACGCUAAGGGAAACAUGAGGAAUAGACUGAAGUUUGAAGCCAAUAAAUUGGUGAUUAGCAAUGUUGACAUCCAGGGGAUUGAGCCAGUGGAUGUAACUAUGAGAGACAGUCUGAUCAAGUCAGUACAGAUGGCUAUUGAGAUAGCAACCAAAUCAAUAGAGAGAGCUGCUGCUCACGAUGCUGCCAGGAAGGAGCAAGAAGCCAGAGGGGUCUUGGAUCGACAGAAACUGAUGAAUGAGAACGAAGCUGAGAAACAGAGGACCUUGCUGUUUGAGUUACAGGCAGAAGCUGCAGCUAUAGAGUCUACAGGCCAGGCCAAAGCAGAGGCUCAGGCCAGGGCCGAGUCACUCCUGAUCGAGUGUCACAGUGCGAUUGACUCAGCGAGACUCAAAGCACAAGCUGAAGAGAUCAUCCACGGCACCGAGUUAAAAACCCAGAGUCAGCUGCGCAUGUCAGAACUCGGCUAUAAUCAACGCCAGAAUGAGGUGGAGAUCAACAGAUUAAACAAACUCUCCGAUAUUGAGGUAUCUCAGUUUGACUCCAUGGUGAAUACCCUCGGGGCAAGUACCAUUGCUGAUAUUGCCAACUCCGGACCAAAACUUCAGGCAGAGCUUCUGGGGAGCCUUGGGAUCGAGACUACACUCAUUAUGGAUGGUAACAAUCCUGUCAACUUGUUCAAUACAGCCAAGGGCAUGAUAUCAGGGCACCAGUGAGAAACCAACAAGGAAGGUCGGUAUAAUAAUAAAUGUUACCCAAUGGGUAUAGAUACAUAAGUGAAUACCCAUUGGGUAUCUGAUAUCUGUUGACAUAUGUAGGCUGUAUCUGACGUGUAGAUCAGACCUUUAAAAAAUAAACCACCAACCGCUACAUAGGUUUAAAGACACUGGACACUAUUGGUAACUGUCAAAGA